AUGACAUGCUUUUUUAAUCAAUUGAAAGGACAGGUGACAAAGUAAAUAUAAUAAACGAUUGAGAAAAAUUUGAACAUGACUGACAACUGUCUGAAUAAAACGAAAACAUGUUAGAAAAACAACCAGUGCAGCAGUCGUCGUUCAGUAAAUGCAAGUCGUUAUUUAGGAAUCCCAGUUUGCUAUUUGAAUUUCAAACGGAAACAGUAAAACUGCUAGUGUACAACUAUGCCAUUGUGCUACUGAUAGCAAAUCAAGAUGUUGGUUGGAACUACAAAUUCAAUGGCAUUGAAAUAGCAAGUCGCUUCGGACAGGAGUUGAUCGAGCCGACUAUAUUGCCGAAAUUUGGAUUGUGUUUUCGACUGUUAACAGUAAUAUUCAACACGCUGGCCGCAAAUGCCAUCUUAAAUCCGAAGCGAUAUAAUCGAAAAUUUCUACUACCAUGCAUACUUUGGAACUUCUAUAGCAUUACUGCCGUGGCGGAAAAUAUUUUUGAAAUUGUCUGGACCAUGUACGUUUUGGAUGUGCCAUUUCAUUUAUUUGUGACCAUUUCAAUGGUUGGUAUAUUUAUGAUUUGUUUACAAAGUAAAUUAACGCUGCAAGUGUUGCGUUUCUAUGAGUAUUUAAAUUACAAAUAGUAUAUAAAGAGCCGUCAAAACCACAACAAAGGAAAGCAUUGUGAGCCUUAUUAGCAAUUGUUAAAGCAAAAGAUACAAACAUGUAAUAAAAAUAUACAUUUUGAUGGUUAAACAAGCCCAUAA